CCCGCCCCCCGGUGGCGGUAGCGGCGGCACAUGCUACGGGCGAGUCUAAGGGUCAGCGCCGACGGGACGGUUUGGGACUUCGCACGGAGGCCGUAGGAUCUGCGCAGGACCUUCCGAUGACCUGUAAGAGGCCGGGCGGAGCUUAGUUGCCCCCAGAUCCACACAACACACCUUUUCAGCGGUCGAGUGUAAUAAGGUCGUUUUAUCAGCAUGCCGGCGAUCUGCUCCAUCAAGCCGAAAAAGCUUCAGAGGUUGAACAGUUUAGUGUUGCCUUCUAUCGUUACUAUUCUCCGUUUUAGUAGGGCCACAAAAGAAAAGGUUGGGUUUGGCCUUGGUUUUGUUCUUCAUGUCUGGAACAAAAAGGCCGUUGUCAUAGUUAACGUAGCUUUGAUUCAAGAUGAUGAGUAUGUGCGUGUUCUUUUUGGGAAUGGCUCGGUCAGUGAUGUAGAAGUUUUUGUUGACAAUGUUAACUCAAUAUAUACUAGUUUCCUAGUGGAGGAUAAUCAUGGAUACUGCAAACCUGUGAAGAUCAGUUCCUCUGAAAUUGGUAGAGGACAAGUCAUCUUCACGAUUGCAGUUGCAUGGGAAAAAAUGAAGACCGGCAUGUACACUGGGUCUGUCAUACACCCGAGAUGCAUCUCCGUAAAGAAGCUAUCAAAAGAACCGGUGAAUGACUACCAAAACUUCUUCGCAUUCAGUUGUCCGUUGGGUGGACCUGUAGGUCUGUUGGAACGCGCACCUUUAAGGUUAAUUGGCGCUCCAGUGUUUAAUCUGGCGGGAGAAGUUGUGGGGGUAACUGAAAUGGUUAGCAAAGAAAGCUACGAUAUGAAGUUUGCUAGGCUCUCUGGUUCGUUAUGUACAGAGAUGUCAAUGCUUUUUGAAGAUGAUGAUUGGAAGAAAAAAAUGCAACAGAAGUUAGAGAAUGUACAAGGACAUUCUGAUAUAAAUAUGUAAGUGCUGAUGAGUGAAUCUCUUCCAUAUUCGAUUGUACAAGGCCUUGCCGUUUGCUCUA